AUGGCCGAGGCUGGCUCUCAGGGCACAGGGUCGGGCCAGCAACAACCUGGUACUCUAUUCCACGAUCUGGUCACGGCAGAGCCUCAGCCCUCUACCGGGGGCGCUCAACAUGAUGUUGUGACAGAAACGGAGGCUCCGGGGCCUGAAAAGCGCUAUGAACGAAUUCAUACGUCGACGGAGUCGCAUGGGCUUGAUCGCACAGUGUCCGGUGUGGACGUCGAACGGGCGGAGAGGGACUUUGCGGAGCUAAGUCGGGAACUGAGUUCUAUCAGUCGUCGCAUGUCACGGACACAGUCGAGAGGUUCGACUACUAAGACCCGAGAUAUCGAGAAGGCGAUCAGUGCCUCCGACGACUCCGACGAAACCUUCAAUUUGGAAGCCACUCUGCGCGGCAACAGGGAAGCCGAUGCCGCUGCUGGUAUCAAGUCGAAGUACAUUGGCGUCAUUUGGGAAAAUCUUACCGUUCGUGGCAUCGGCGGUGUCAAGAACAUAGUCAAGGUGUUCCCAGACGCCUUUGUCGAUUUCUUCAAUGUGCCGGGGACGAUCAUGAGCAUUUUUGGACUUCGCAAAAAGGGAGCCGAGUUCAACAUCCUGCAGAAUUUCCGUGGUGUUGCGAAACCCGGUGAAAUGGUCCUGGUUCUUGGACGGCCCGGGAGCGGCUGCACGACGUUUCUCAAAGUCAUGGCCAACCAGCGAUACGGUUAUACCGGCGUAGACGGAGAGGUACUAUACGGGCCCUUUGAUGCUGCAACAUUCGCGAAGCGGUACCGGGGUGAAGCUGUGUACAACCAGGAAGACGACGUCCACCACCCCACCCUCACCGUGGGUCAGACGCUGGGGUUUGCACUGGACACCAAGACACCUGGACACCGUCCGGCUGGUAUGAGCAAGGGCGAAUUCAAGGACAGAGUGAUUGACCUGUUGCUGAAAAUGUUCAAUAUCGAACACACGAGAAACACCAUUGUUGGCAAUCCAUUCGUGCGAGGUGUCUCCGGCGGAGAACGGAAAAGAGUUUCGAUCGCCGAAAUGAUGAUCACCAGAGCCACAGUGUGCGCUUGGGACAACAGCACGCGUGGGCUCGACGCAUCGACGGCGCUCGACUAUGCAAAAUCGCUCCGCAUCAUGACCAACAUCUACCAGACAACCACGUUCGUCUCAUUGUAUCAGGCAUCCGAGAAUAUUUACAAGCAGUUUGACAAGGUGAUGGUGAUCGACCACGGCAGACAAGUCUUCUUCGGCCCUGCAAAGGAAGCCAGAGCGUACUUUGAAGGGUUGGGUUUUCUGGAGAAGCCUCGUCAGACGACGCCCGAUUAUCUGACCGGAUGCACUGAUGAAUUCGAGCGAGAGUACAAGCCGGGCCGGGGACCGGAAAAUGCUCCCUCGACGCCGGAUUCAUUUGUGGAAGCGUUCAACAAUUCCGUCUACUCGCAAAAGCUCGCGGAGGAGAUGAACGCAUACAGGGAAACCAUACGAGAAGAAAAACAGAUCUACGAUGACUUUGUCGCGGCCCAUCAACAGGCCAAGCGGAAGCACACGCCCAAGAACUCGGUCUACUCUGUUCCGUUCUACUUGCAGGUCUGGGCUCUGAUGAAGCGGCAAUAUCUGAUCAAAUGGCAAGAUAAAUUCUCUCUGGUUGUAUCAUGGAUUACCUCGAUCGUAAUUGGCAUCGUUAUCGGUACCGUGUGGUUGAACCAGCCCAAGACAUCUGCUGGUGCAUUCACCCGUGGCGGUGUGCUGUUCUUGUCUUUGCUGUUCAACGCAUUCCAGGCCUUUUCGGAAUUGGCAUCUACAAUGAUGGGUCGUCCAAUCGUGAACAAGCAUCGCGCAUACACAUUUCAUCGACCCGGAGCGUUGUGGUUAGCACAGAUCUUGGUGGAUGUCGCUUUCGCUUCGGCCCAGAUCUUCGUUUUCAGUGUUAUUGUCUACUUCAUGACGGGACUGGUUCGAACGCCGGGGGCCUUCUUCACGUUUGUGCUUAUCAUCAUCACAGGCUAUUUGUCAAUGACUUUGUUCUUCCGGACGAUUGGGUGCUUGUGUCCUGACUUCGACUAUGCGAUCAAAUUUGCCGCCGUCAUCAUCACCCUGUUCGUCAUUACCUCGGGAUACAUUAUCCAGUACCAGAGCCAGCAGGUGUGGUUACGAUGGAUCUUCUACAUCAAUGCUCUGGGAUUGGGGUUUGCGGCCAUGAUGAUGAAUGAGUUCAAGCGGUUGACCAUGCGUUGCACAGCCGAAUCGCUUAUCCCAUCGGGGCCGGGCUACAAUAACAUCCAGCAUCAAGUGUGCACUUUGCCGGGUUCCGAGGCUGGAUCUUCCCAAGUGUCUGGCAGCGCCUACGUCAAACUGGGAUUCUCGUACAACCCGUCCGACCUGUGGCGCAACUUUGGACUAAUCAUCGUCUUGAUCGUCUUCUUCCUGAUCACCAAUGUGGUUCUGGGUGAGGCGGUCAAGUAUGGAGCGGGUGGUCGUACCGUGACCUAUUUCGCCAAGGAGAACAAAGAACGAAAAGCCCUGAACGAAAAGCUCCAGGAACGGAGACAACGGAGACAAUUGAAGCAGGAUGCCGAAGACAGCUCGGAACUCAACAUCACGUCCAAGGCCAUCUUGACAUGGGAGAAUCUGACCUACGACGUGCCCACGCCAGCCGGCCAACUUCGACUUCUCAAGGACGUCUUUGGCUACGUCAAGCCGGGACAGUUGACAGCGCUGAUGGGCGCCAGUGGAGCUGGAAAGACGACGCUUCUCGACGUGCUGGCAGCACGAAAGAACAUCGGCGUGGUUGGCGGUGACAUCUUGGUUGACGGCAAAAAGCCAGGCCGGGGGUUCCAACGAGGCACGUCGUAUGCCGAACAACUCGAUGUGCAUGAAUCCACACAGACAGUGCGAGAGGCACUACGAUUCAGCGCCGACCUUCGUCAACCUUACGAAGUACCCCGCGAGCAAAAGUAUUCGUACGUCGAAGAGAUUUUGUGUCUACUCGAACUGGAAAACCUAGCCGACGCCAUUAUCGGCACGCCCGAGACGGGACUGUCGGUGGAAGAACGGAAGCGAGUGACGAUUGGAGUGGAAUUGGCCGCGAAGCCUGAACUGCUCUUAUUUCUCGACGAGCCCACGUCCGGUUUGGACUCGCAAUCGGCAUUCAACAUUGUGCGCUUCCUGCGCAAACUGGCGGCGGCCGGCCAAGCGAUUCUCUGCACGAUCCAUCAACCCAACAGCGCACUAUUCGAGAACUUCGACCGACUGCUCUUGCUCCAAAAGGGCGGCGAGACCGUCUACUUCGGCGAGAUCGGCAAGGACGCAUCCGUGCUGCUCAGCUACUUCCACAAGCACGGGGCCGACUGUCCUUCGGACGCCAAUCCCGCAGAAUGGAUGCUGGACGCCAUCGGGGCAGGCAUUGCGCCUCGCAUGGGCGACCGCGACUGGGGCGAUAUCUGGCGGGAGAGCGAAGAAUUAGCAGCGGUCAAGGCCGAAAUCAUCGAGAUGAAGACGACACGCCAACGCGAAGUGGCCAACGAGCCACCCCUGAAUGACCGCGAAUACGCAUCUCCACUAUGGCAUCAGAUCAAAGUGGUCUCGUGGCGAACACAUCUGGCGUUCUGGCGAUCUCCGAACUAUGGCUUCACGCGGUUCUUCAACCACGUCGCACUUGCAAUCUUGUCCGGUCUGGCCUUCUUACAACUCGACGACAGCCGCUCGAGUCUGCAGUACCGCGUCUUUGUGAUUUUCCAAGUCACCGUGGUCCCCGCAUUGAUCCUGGCGCAAGUGGAGCCCAUGUACGAUUUCUCCAGGCUCAUCUUCUACCGCGAGUCCGCGGCCAAAGCGUAUCGACAAUUUCCCUUUGCAUUAGCCAUGGUGUUGGGCGAAAUGCCGUACAACAUUCUCUGUGCAGUCGGGUUCUUCUUACCACUUUACUACCUACCCGGAUUCAACAGCUCGUCUUCGCGCGCCGGAUACCAGUUCCUCAUGGUCUUGAUCACCGAACUCUUCUCGGUGACCUUGGGCCAAAUGAUCGCCGCCCUGACUCCAUCGAGCUUCAUCGCCAGUCUAAUCAAUCCGUUCUUGGUCGUCGUGUUAUCCUUGUUCUGUGGUGUCACCAUUCCCAAACCCCAGAUGCCGCGCUUCUGGCGCGCCUGGCUGUACGAACUCGACCCAUUCACAAGGCUUGUUUCGGGAAUGGUCGUCACCGAACUCCAUGGUUUGCCUGUCCAUUGCAAGCCGCGCGAACUCAAUUCGUUCCCUGCCCCUGCCGGCCAGAACUGUGGUGAUUAUAUGGCUGAAUUCUUCAGUAAUGGCGGCGCAGGGUAUAUCGCCGACAAUGCCACUGAUAUCUGUCGCUACUGCGCUUACAAGGUCGGCGACCAGUUCUACAAGCCCCUCGAGUUGAGCUUCUCCCAUCACUGGCGCGACCUAGGCAUCUUCGCCGCCUUCAUUGGGAGUAAUUUGAUUCUCUUGUUUUUGGGAUCCAGGUAUUUGAAUUUCAAUAGGCGAUAA